ACCCCCCGCCUCGCUCCACCCGGACCGCCCGCCGCCGCCACCGUCCCCGACCACCGGCGAACUUCCCUCCCGAUCUAUCACCGGCUCAAAGCCGGCCCCGGCCUCGUCGCGCACUCAACAACGAUGCCUCAUUUCUUCUCUUUCCAGCAGGGCUCCGAGCGCGCCCAGAACGUGCGGUAUCUUUCUGAGGCGUCGCCGCUGCUGGGCCGGUUCCGCGUCGUGCCGCGGCCGAGUGACCGGCCGACGAGCGGCGUGUCUCGCACGGCUGGCGGCAUUGCUGGUGGUGGUGGUGGUAGCGGUGGCGGGCGCGGCCGAGCUCGAGUGACCGCUGGUGGGUUGGGGCUCUUGCCCGGAGGCCAGAUAGGGUUGCUUUCUUCUGGCGAGCCGGGCUGGAGGGGGAGUGUGCAUGUGGGCUAUGGGGCGCUGGUCGCUGCUGCCGCUGCUGCUGCUGAGGCGGAGGCCUUAGAGGCCGGUGAAGGACAGUCAGAAGAGGAGGAGGGCGAUGGGGAUGCGGGGGAAGGAGAUUCUCUGUGUUGCUGUGCUGGAGGGAGUGGGAGGUGGUGGAAGAGAGUGAAGGCAAGGAUAAAGAGGGAGUUGAGAAAGCUGGAGGAUACGUGGGUUGAGCCUAAGGCCAGCGCCAUUCGGAGGGUGGUUGAUGUGUGGUGGAGCCGAUGGGGGGCUUUGGUUGUGUUGCCUGCAUCCUUGGCCGUUGCGUGGUGUGCUGUCCCCUUCCCGCAGUACCCUCUUCCUAGCGGCGGCGAAGAUGGGAUGCAUCGGCCCGGAGAACCACAGCCCACACCCGGCACCAAAGUGCCGGGUCACGGAGCCGCGAGGGUGCAAGUCAACUUUUGGUUCUUCCUAUUCGUCUACUACAGCUUUUACAACCUGACGGCACUGAUAUGGAUCACCAAGGUGUUUAACAUUUAUAGCCUCAAUUGGUGGCCGCCCUCGCUGGGUUUCCCAAUUACCGUGUCUGCGAUCGCCAUCUUGUCGAUUGCGGUUCCAAUCCCCAUUUACCUCGUCCCGAACGCCAAGUUCCUGACCGUCCACAACACGGCCUGGAUCUCGUGGACGUUUCUCAUCAUGGCGAUGCCGGUCGCUAUCGCUUUCUGCCUCCUCAUGACACACGAGCGGCAUCUCGGCUUGCGACACUCGCUCUCCGAGACGCAGCGCAUCUUUACGUCGUCGUGGUGGGCUGGUGACCCGGACAGGACCCUUUCGAACCGCGAGGGGAGACGGUAUCUUGCCGCCUCGGACCAUGAUCCUUUCGAUUCGACCCUUGGGGCCUCAGCGGUCGGGUUCGUGGAUGAGCGCUAUCCUCGCCGCAGGCUGCCCGUGAGAUUACGCCGACAGUGGCUUCCGGCGAGCUUCGUGCGCUUCGUGUGGUUUUGCUUGGCCUUGUCCAUCGGCCUGCUUGCGUACGUGAUCGGGGAGGCUUAUGCUGAAAUCUACCUGAGCACGUUGCCGCACAAUAACUGGGAGACCAUCGUCUACGUCUACGGGUGGAUCACGACCGUGCAUCUGCUGGACGGGCUGACUGGGUGGAUUCUGGGCGGCAACGAGGGCGAGCGGGUCGGGAGCUAUCCCCUGAGCUGGAUCUUCAAGCUACCUACGUUCGCGCCUUGUAUGCUCGCCUGCGGAGCCCGUCCCAGUUCAUCCUUCUCCAAGUACUUUCGUCGGCGGGCCUCAUCAUCGUCACUCCAAUACUGAUGUCGGCGCCUUUCCACUGGUUUCUGUCGGCGAUUGGUGUCAGCGGCCAGAGUUACGGUUCGUAUCAAAAGAUGUGCAUCCGCAACGUCUUUAUUCGCUUCCUUGCGGAAAACGCCUCGAUGCUCGCCUUCCUCGGCAGCGUGGUAGUGUUGCACUUCGGCGCCAACAAAAACGUCUACCCAUACUUUGCCUUCGACGGCACCGAGGACACC